ACCCCCUCCUCUUGUUGCUGAUUGCGGCAUUCAACCCAAACAAUCAGCCAAGAAGAUGAGUCUCACUGCCAAGGACAAGGAAACAGUCAAAGCCUUCUGGGCUAAAGUGGCACCCAAGGCUGAAGACAUUGGACAGGAUGCUCUGUCCAGGAUGCUGGUGGUGUACCCUCAGACCAAGACCUACUUCUCCCACUGGAAGGACCUGAGCCCCGGCUCUGCCCCGGUGAAGAAGCACGGAGCUACAGUGAUGGGUGGAGUUGCUGAUGCUGUGGCCAAAAUCGAUGAUCUGACCGCAGGUCUCCUCAGCCUCAGUGAGCUGCAUGCCUUCACUUUAAGGGUGGACCCGGCCAACUUCAAGAUUCUGGCACACAACAUCCUUGUGGUCUGCGCCAUCAAGCUGCCCAAUGACUUCACCCCAGAGGUCCAUGUGGCUGUGGACAAGUUUUUGGGUGCUUUGGCCCGUGCCCUCUCCGAGAAGUACAGAUAAACUGUACACUUGGAGACUACAGCCUCUAACAGUCAGAAUAUAAAUAAAAGACCAAAUGCAGUAAA